CCAGUCAUAACUGCCGCUUUGCCAGAAGCCUACGCGUACACUGCACAGGCGGCUACUCCAUGAUAUUGCACUCACACUCGUGUUUGUUGUAGCCAAACUAUUUUAGUGUCAAGGUUCUGGUGUAUCCGGGCCCGCCUUGUUGCAAUGAAUUGGUAGUAAGUUAACCAAACCAUAUAAGCGAGGAAGCAUGUCCGGAAGGCCGGUGCCCUGGGCGAGUUGGGAGGAAUGGCUUGCGCUGCGUGAAGACAUUUGGAGCGCCGACCCGCUUCGACAGGAGGCUGGGCUUCAGCAGGUCUGCGCUUGGCGGCUGCGGGGCAAACUGCCCCUAGGCAUCGACACCACCGCACACCUCCUAGCAACCAUCCGUGAUGACCAGGAGUGGCAGCGAGCAGUUGCCUGGGCAUCCUCCACCGCAGCCUCGGCCACCGCAGGCCCUGCUGCCGCCGCUGCCGCUGCAGCGGAGGCGGCAGUAGCAGCCGGCGAACUGCCGCUGCGACUGCGCUACAGCCUGCCCCUCAUUCGCCUCGUCAACGGCAUCAGCGACAGCCAGCAGCGGGGCCGAGUGGCGGCCAGCGUGGCGGUGCUGGCUGACGUUGCAGGCCUUCCUCGCGCGCUGGUGGACGUGCGGCAUGAGGCGACCCACACGGAGCUGCCCUCGCUGCCGCUGCUGCGGGCGGCGGCGGACAGCGCGCUGGGCUGGCUGAGGGAAAACUACUGGGACGCGCAGGCACGCGCCCUGGACGCCGCCGCCGGCCGCAUCACCCGCCUGCUGGGCUGCCUGCUGGACAGCUGGCGGGCGGCGCUCGCAGCGGCGCGGGCGGGAGGCAGGAGCAGGCGGCACGGAGGCGGCGCGGCGUCGGAAGAUGAGGACGAUGAGGAGGAGGAGGAG